UGGAUCGGACACAAUUGUCUCCUUUGUAAAUCAUGGAGAUAGCUAACCCUAACGGGGGCAAUUAUCUCGGAUCUUUUUUUUUUCAUUUCAAAUAAAAAAUAAUGAACAUUUUCAUCCUUCUUGGAUGUCAAAGUUCCCACAAAGAUACCAGAAGGAAAGCAGAUACGGACCAGGGUGAAGCAGCAAGACAAAGGCAACAUCGAGUCUACUUCAACUAUUCCAGUCAUUCAGCAUACAUUGCUUCGAAAAGCUCAAACAGAUUGAAGAAGGCACAUACGGUAGCUCAAGGCCGUUACCAGACUCUAUACGUCACCAGCUUCAUCCACAACUACCGACAGGAGCUCGCUAGAUACCCUGCUUUGACUACAGAGAAAACGAUCAAAGGAACAAACAAAAGCAUGGCAGCAAGAAGUGGAUCUACAAAUGCUCCUGAAAAAAAGUCAAGCAAGCACGAGAAUGAACUACCAGCUUUUAGUCCAGAAAACCUCCAGAAUAACAUGAGAGUUAUUUAUUACAGUCGCACCUUCUUGUCCAUUAUGGCUGGCGUGGUUGCAGGAAUCUUGGGACUUACUGGUUGGAAGGGUUUUAUAUUUUACUUCAUGAUCAUGAUUCUUACUUCUCUUGGGGUCGUUGUGAAAAUCAAAUUUGAUAUUCAUGAAUACUUUGACUCGUGGAAUCGUGUUAUAUUGGAUGGAAUAUCUGGUGGACUUAUGUCAUUUGUUCUCUUCUGGACAUUUGCUUAUGAUAUUGUGCAUAUAUUUUGAAGCAUCUGUGUUGCUAUCACAUUACGAAAGUGUAUGGCAAAAAUACUUGCAGCAGUAAGCUGAAGGAUUUAUUGUAACGACACAGUUUUGUCUGAAGCAUAUGCGCAGAGUGGGAGUUUUUUGUAACAUUUUAUAUUGGAUGAUGGAAAGUGGAGUCUGCAGAUUUUUAUUGGCACAUAAUUGUACUAGUAUAAAGAUGCAUGUUCUCUUCUUUUAUAGUCGCCUAAAAGCAUCCCCAAAUCUGAAAGAUCACAGAUUUUGCUUGGAAGGAUAAAUAUUUGACAAAUUACCUACAUCCAUUUUUCUACAGAUGCAUUAUUAUUAUUUUUUCAUUGACCACAGGUAAAAAUUCCAAAUCAUUAAAACUGAAAAUGAGAGUUCGAAGUAGUUUUUACUUCA